GUUGCUGUUGCUGUUGCUGUUGCUGUUGCUGUUGCUGUUGCUGUUGCUGUUGCUGUUGCUGUUGCAAUUGGAGUUGGAGCUGCUGCUGUUGUUGUUGUUGAGCCAGUACCAUGGCUUGUGAGAUAGCAUUCGCCUGGGCCAUCAAGAGAGGAUUCUGCAGCAUUGCCUGGCUCAUUGCAUGUGGAUUGAUGACACCACCGGGUGCCAGUAAGGGAUUGGAGCUGAUCUGCUGGAUCCAGUCGCGCUGCUGUUGAGCAAGGGCGAGCUGCUGUGCAGUAUCAUCCAAGGGCAUCCCUGUGGAGACAAGAGGUGGCAGCGGGAGGCGCGCCAGCCCUGGGACCCCAUUUGGCGCUUGUUGCGACUGCUGCUGCUGCUGCAAUUGAUGCUGUUGCUGCAGCUGUCGAAGAUGGAGAUGAUGCUGGAGCUGGAGCUGGAGCUGCUGUUGCUGCUGCUGUGUCAAGGAAGGGUCGACCCCGGCAGGGCCGUUGGAGCCGUCGGCCUUCAGGGUGUUCGAGGAGCUGUCUUCUUGGGCCAAUUGGUUCAAGAACUCGGAGAAAGCCCUCUGUUCAUGAUCCGAGAGCAGGGACGGGAAGUUCAUUGGGGAUAGCGGGGCGAGAUGUGUAAGACAGCAGCUGGAUUAAAAAAAAAA